AUGAAGGACGAAGAACGAAGGAGACGUAGAAGAAAGGAGACGAAGGACGAAACGGCUAAAAGACAAUAUAGACGAAGGACGAAGGAUACGAAAGAUACGAAGGACGAGGGACACGAAAAGCGAAGAACACGAACGGCGAAGGACAUGAAGGACGAAGGACACGAAGGACAGGAAGGACACGGGACGAAGGACACGGAGGACGAAGAAGUCGAAAGAAUACAAAGGACGAAGGGGACGAACAAUGAAGGAAACGAAAGAACGAAAGGGAUAAAAUACAGACGAAGGGCGAAGAAUACGAAAGAUAAGAAUGACGAAGGACACGAGGGGCUAAGGACACGAAGGACGAAGGAGACUAAAACACGAAGGGCAAAGUGCGAAAGGGAUAAUGGACGAAGAACAAAGGGGACGAAGGACACGGAUGACGAAAAAGUCGAAGGAAUACAAAGGACGAAAGAUGAAGAAAACGGAGGACGAAGGACACGGAGAACGAAAGACGCGAAGGACGAAGGUCACAGAGGACGAAGGAUAUGA